AUGUCCAACAAUACCGAUACCGGAGAUACUACAGUUAGCGUUAUAACUGUGGAAGGUGGUGGUAGCCAUGAAGCUGGCAGUGCUGGAAUUAAUGAUUCCAUGCCAAUACGUGAGCCAUUGAUAACAACUGCUAUUAACUUCCUACAAAAUGCCAAAGUACGACACACUACAUUGCUGCAGAAACAACAAUUUCUACGGUCCAAAGGUCUUACAGAAAAAGAAAUACAAAUUGCCUGUGAAAGGGCCGGGGUCUUUAGCCAUGAUCCCAAUGCCCCAACGGUUAUUAAUAUGGGCAUAAAUGCCACCCAGACACAUGCGCAAUUGGCGCUGCAGCCCAACCGGCCCACAACAUUGGGACGCAUUAAAGAAUUUCUGCAUUCCAUGGCUUUGUUGGGUGGUGUGGCCUAUGCCAUAUAUGCAUUUUGGAAGAAAUUCCUCGAGCCCUUUCUUUUCGGCUCCAAGAAAAAGAAAUCCACAGACGAAACUUUGGCGGAUAUUGAUCGUAAAGUUGAUACCCGCAUUGGUGAAGUGAAAACGGAACUGACUCAAGUCAAGGAGUCUCUGGCCCGUGAACAACGUGAUCAGACUCAGCAAUUUAUGCGCGAAUUUAAUCAAUUCAAAAGUGAUUUAGAGGCUAUUAAGGGUUUAUUGUUGAAUCGCAAACAAUUUGCCUCACCCCUGGUAACGGCCGGUCCAGCUUCCAUACCGGCCUGGCAGCUAUCAUCGUCGUCACCGCAUCAUUUGCGUCGCCACAAAGAUAGUCAAUCGGAUGAUAAUGAAAAGGCCGAUGAUGUGGGUUCCGGUUCGGGCUCAUCGGAAACAGAAGUUGUUACCAAAAAUAGUGAUUCCAGUUUAGAAAUUAUGUAA